AUGGAAGUGCGUGACAUCGAACAUGGGUCCAGUGCGUAUGCGGCGGCGCUUGUCUUGCGCGAGGAGGUCCUCCGCAAGCCAUUGGGCAUGCGGUUAGAUCGAGAUGUGGUGGCCAAAGAGACCUCUGACAUCCACGUGGGAGUGUUCUCUGCAGACUCGUUGGUCGCAUACGCCUUGCUACGGCCUGCACAUCCCAUCGCUUGGAUGAAGCAAGUGGCGGUCAGUCCUGCGCUACAAGGCCAAGGACUCGGUCGUAUCUUGAUGGAAGCGUUUCAGACUCGGGCGAUCUACGAGGGGUUCCACAGCAUCCACCUCCAUGCGCGGGAAACAGCCAUCCCAUUUUACCUCAAACUCGGGUACACUCCUGUGGACAAUGCAACGAUCAUCGAAAUUGGGCUGCCACACCGGCACUUGUUCAAGUCGCUCGAGAAUGACACAUGACAGUCUUCGAACACGGUUCAGCUGGCCAAUUCUCCAUUGUUACAAUUUACCCAUUGCGACGGCAAUGGGCCAACCAAUACAAGAUUAUAGACGUAUUAAUAUAAAUCAGUUAAUUAAAGUGGUUGGUGCGAGAA